GAAUAUGUCAUCAUACUAUUUAUUUCGUGGACAUCAAUGACAAGUUGAAGUAAAUAUAAAAUUUGCGGAUUGCAGUUCUCUACAAUUUUUCGGAUCAUUGCAAUUUAUCCAGGUGCAAGUCAACAUUUAUAUUCAACUGACAAGAUUCGUCCGAUUUUAAGUCGAAAUCAAUCAUUAAAUGAACAUAUUGUGGAAAAAAUUCAUUUCGCCUCAACUCCAUACGGAAUUUUAAACUGUCCGUGAAUGUAUACCUCGAAUUUGUUAAAACGAUAACAAAAAUUGGCUGCUCUUCGUUAAUCCAUUUGCUUUGAAUCAUCAUGGAUGUUAUCAAUAAAUUCAAUAAAUUGUAUUACACGGUGACCAAUACGGUGUCUCAAAUUGCUAGCGUUUUACCAGGAAAUGCCGUCACGAAAGACUAUGAAGUUUGUGAACUAAUUGCAAGUGGUGGUCCAGGUCUUCUAUGGAAAAUCUAUUCCGGUCACAAAAAGUCUACCAGAGAAGAGGCAUCCGUUUUUGUGUUCGAGAAAAAGAUCCUAGACAAUUGGUCAAAGGAUGACCGGGAGAAUAUGCUAAACAUUCUGCGCCGUAGUAUCAUUCAGCUGACUAAGAUUCGACAUCCGCGAAUAUUAACCGUACACCAUCCGUUGGAAGAAAGUCGUGACAGUUUAGCCUUUGCAACCGAGCCGGUAUUCUGUAGCCUGGAGAAUAUCUUCGGCAAUUUAAACAACCUGACUCCGAUUCCGAAAAGUCUAUCGAAUUUCAAAUUGCACGACAUUGAGAUCAAGUAUGGGCUAAUGCAAAUCAUCGAUGGAAUGACGUUUCUCAACUAUGAAAUGAAGCUACUGCAUAAGAACAUAACGCCAGAUUCCGUAAUUGUCGAUAAAUUUGGCAAUUGGAAAAUAUUUGGUUUCGACUACUGUGCCAUAGGUCAAACCGGUGACGAUGGUAAUCAAACAUGGCCCUUUGUGCCAUUUAAUACCUUCGCUCAUGUGUUGUCACAGCCGAAAUUAGAAUUCAUAGCACCGGAAGUCAUUCAGUCGUCGGAAAAUUCACCGGCCAGCGAUAUUUAUUCACUGGCUUGUCUCAUCUACUGCAUCUAUUCCAUCAAUCACAGACCGAUGAAAACGUUUGGCAAAGAUGUUUCCACCUAUAAACGAUAUGCCGAAGACUUGAACAAAGGGGUUUAUCCAGAUUUGUCCUGCAUUCCAGAUUAUCUGUCUGGCUAUGUUAAAUUGAUGCUACGCGCUAAUCCUGCGACAAGGCCAAAUCUGUAUGACGUAUCCAAGUUACCGAUUUUCGAAGAGAAAACAAUCAACACUUUGCUUACUCUGGAUACAAUUUUCCAGUUGGAUAACUUGGAGAAAUCAAAGUUCUUUAAAACGUUACCGGAUAUGCUCAAAAAGUAUCCGCACCGAAUCAAUUUCCAGCACGUGCUACCCUGCCUAACGAAAGAAUUCACGAAUCCUCAAAUGAUUCCAUUUAUACUUCCCAGCAUAAUAUGCAUCGCUGAAAACUGUACCGACGAACAGUACGCCUUCAUUUACAGCAAACUGAAACCGGUUAUGAAAUUGGAAGAACCGAUCCAAAUCAUUUUAAUUUUAAUGAAAAACAUCGAUUUGCUGAUCAAAUUGACGCCCAGAGAAAAUAUCGAAACGGAUUUACUGCCGAUGCUGUUCAGGGCUAUGGAAACGCAGGUGGAUAAUUUGCAGAAACUUAGUUUGACGAUCUUUCCAACCGUUGGUCCGUUGGUCAGUAAAAAUACGAUCAAAACGGAAAUGAUACCGCGAGUUCGGAAACUAUGUUUGGCCAGUGACAGUACAACGAUGAACGUAUGCUGUGUACAGUGUGUGAGUAAAUUGCUGGACUGUUUGGACAAGUGGAUUGUGCUGGAUCAUGUACUGCCAUUUAUCAUCGAUAUAAAGUCGAGAGAUUCGGUUGUAGUCGCCGAGAUUAUGGACAUCUUAAAACUGAUACAUUCCAAUCCAAAGCUGGGCAUCACAAAGGACAUAUUGGCCUGCAAAGUCAUUCCAUUUUUAAUGCCCAUAUGCGUGGAAAAUAAACUCGAUCUGAAUCAAUUUGAGACGGCCAUAGCUAUGGUUAAGGAGAUGGUUGAUUUUGUCGAAACUGAGCAUCGAAACAAGCUGAAACUUUUGUCCAAAGACGAAUCAAGGGUGUCAUCACUGCAUAGUCGAUCGAAAGAACCGACUGUAUUAUCAAAUAAUGCCAUCAAACCGGAACCCACUAAAUCUCCAGAUUCCGAUCUCCUGACAAGUAUAUCAGCAGCACCGGUUAUUGCUCCACUUAAUCCCUAUAACUUCACGCCUAAGCCCCAAGUUCAGCCGUCAACGCAACCGUCAAUUAAUUUAGCAUUAAACUCAAUGAAUCAGCAAUUGAAUAUCAACAAUAAAUCGAUGCUCACCAAUACGAACACAUCAGCAUUCAGCAAACCAGCAGUAACGUACGCUUCAACUCCCAACUAUACAUUGAAUACGCAAUCGUAUGGACAAAUGCAGACAAAUCCGUCGCAGUCAUUGUUACCACAAGCUCCGAAAUAUCAAAACAACAGUCAGUCGUUAUUACAGCCGGUAAAUUCGAACAGAACGAAUAGUCAUCGGGAAGAAAAGCCUAAAGAACUGACGGCUCAAGAAAUUAUGGACUUUUUGAAUUGAAAGAUCAAGAUGAAAAAAUGAAAUUGUAAAUAAGUUAAUUUAUUAGUGGAAGAAAACGAAGGAGAAAAGAAACAGACUCGCAGGUUGACUCUAUCAUUAUUCGAGCACUUAGUACUUAGUACUGGUUUCAAAACUAGAAAAAAAGAAGAAGAGAAACUGGCAUCAAUUAUAUCAAACCGGCAAUUAAAUCG